GCAUAUUUGAUGUAACAAUAGGAACGGCAAAAUAGAAACGAUCUUCCAUUAACAAAGUAUUGAUCGUUUACUAGGCUGGAUUAGCACCUUUCAUACAGUUUUGUAAGUUAGUUAAGUAUUUAUAAAGCAAAGAAUUUAUUUGUUUACCACUCUGAUUUAUAGACGAACUUUGAAAGAAUCUCAAGCGACCUUGAGAAAUAUUAGUCAAUCAGUAGACUGUUAAUAUAAAAAACCAACAACUAAAGUGGAUAUACUUCUUUUACAUGUCCAAAAACUGAUGAGACUUCAAAAUUCUAGGGUUGUUAACGCCGUAAGUUGGUAGACUUAACUCAGAAAUAGUAUUGAUUGAGCCUAAAAUAUUAUCGUCUGGCUGCGAUGAAUUAAAAGGAUUGGUUGGUGGACUAUCCAUAACGAUAAGCUUACUGGGAGAGUACACGGUUUGGAAAAAAACAAAAUAGACUAGUGUACCAAGUAAAAAAAAUGUAAGCAGUAUAACUUCUAUAAUGUAUUCAAAGGCUCACCAGAUAAUUGUGGUGGACCAGACAACGUAUGAACGUAAAAAGUAUCAACAAAGUUAUUGAAGAUCGAUAGCAAUGUUAAUAUAUAUAAGUCAAUUGUUACCAAUACAACAGAAAAUAGCUACUUUACUUAAAUUCACCAAAUUGAUGUGUGUUUGGCGUUGGUCUGGUGCUGAAAAUCCACAAUUAUAAAUGUUUGGUAAUUCCAAUCAGGUUGAUGACACGUUUACACGAGUCGUACGGAAGAGUUGGGAAUAUUGUUGAAAUAGAUGAAACAGUAGUAUGGAAGCGGUAAUAUAACAAAGAACGUAAUAUUAGCUUGUAAUUUUCAUUGUACAUAUAUGCCUGCAAUACCCAUACCACUGAACAGCUGAAGUCUCAGUCUGCAAAUGCUGCAGCCAGUGUUACUGGUGAUUUUAUUAUCCAGUUUGCGACAGUUAUCAUGAUUUGUCUCAGUCUCGAUCGCGAUCGAACGAAGAAAGUACGCGUUCAAGCAGACUUCUUUCUCCAACAUGAAGAACACCGAAAGACAAUGUCAUCACGACAGACUGAACACGGUACUGCAGUCAUUUGAUUACCGCAGUCACAAACAAAGGAACUCCUUAGUAUUACCACCUGUUGAAAUCGCUCAAUAAUCACGUCUUCUCUAAAAUCCGCUGUAAACCGAUCGUACGUGAGCAUCAGGUACUGAGAUUGGCGCCGUGACCAAGAAAUCCCUCAAACGCUCUUGGUUGACUCGUCCGUAAAUUAGACUCUCACCAGAUUUACUUGAACGACAAUCCCAGCCGUCUGAUCAAGUUACACACUUGAGCUGUGAUCCCGGUAUCAGAAUUUCUUCAUUUACGCACUUACAUGAUUGCUGGUUGUGCUAACUGAGAUUUUGACUCAAAUAAUUUGAUUUUGAAAACUGGAUUACGGUACGAAGUGAUACUGAAACAAACACAUGUCAAACUACAUUAGCCAUCAAAUUAAACGCCCGGAUAUUGUUAGAAGAAAUCAAGAAGAAGCACGAAACUCCACACUAUACAUUUUAAAACAGUAUGGACCAACAUUUUACUUGCUACAAGACGGUUCAAAGCAAAAAUAUAAGGUACAACUCGGUGAUGUUCAUACCUGCUCAUGUAGUGACUUUACCAAAAAUCGUGAACUAUGUGUUCAUUUAUGCUGGAUGUUAAUUAGACGAUUCAAAGUAGACCCAAAUAAUCCUGUAUCUUGGCAGCCUGGAUUAGUUGAACGAGAAAUAUCAGCUCUUUUAGACGGACAGCAUUCAGUAACAAAUAACAUCACAAAUGUAAAUGAGCCUAAACCUCUGAAUGAGGAUAAGUUUGAUGAAAAGCCUUCAUAUAGCCUACAACGCCAAAUUGGAGAAAACGAUAUUUGCUCAAUAUGCCAAGAUUACCUUUUUUCUCAAGUACGACUUCCAGUAACAUUCUGCCGUAAAAAUUGUGGUAACAGUCUACAUAUACGAUGUAUGAAAGUAUGGACAGAUUAUCAAAGAAAACAAAACCAUUUAGGAUUAAUGGAUUACGUAAAAUGUCCUAUUUGUCGAGAGGAUUUUGCACCCUUACAUGUUCUUAUUCGGGAAUUUACAGAAAACGUGAGAAAAGAUAUUAAAAAGUCUACUGAACCUAAACAUGUUCACAAUAUGACCAUUAUUGGUCAAGCAAACGAUGCGCAGAGAAAACUGGAUAUCGAAACAAUGCAAGCAAGACAUUCAAAUACACGAUGUUUAUCAUGUUUAUGCUCGCCAAUAUUAGGUAAUAUUUAUCGUUGUGAAAUAUGCUAUCAAUUAGGAGAAGAUGAAAAUUUAAAUCCAUUUUUAUGUUCACUGUGUUUUCGUUCUGAUAAGCAUUUACAACAUAAUCUAUAUGUUUAUAGAGAGACAUCACACGGAAAAUGGCUUGAAGUACCACCUAAUCGAGGUGCUAUUAUAAAUAUCUCUGGACAGUUAGUCAGCAAAGUUCAAGAAGACAAUGAAAAGCUUCAGUCAAGCUCAACAGAAAAAUUCAACCAUUUUCCAAUUAACGAAGAAUGGAAACCUCUUCAAUUAGCCGAACUAGCUCAAAUUCGUCAGUGGACAAUUAGAAUUCCAAGGAAUCAUUCUGAUCUCAUCUCAUCAAAAUCGUGGGAUAAAGAAAUUAAUAGUGAUAAUAAAAUUAAAUCUGUGAAAGGAAAGUCAUCGACAAGUUAUAAUUUGUUUUCAGAGCGUUCUGGGACAUUAUUUACGAUGGGAUUGUUAUCACCAGGUCAUCAAUGUCUUCUUUGUUUAAUGUUUUUUAAAGUAAAUGAUAAAGUUAGACGACUGUCACCAGGCUGUCAACAUAUUUUUCAUUCACAUUGUAUCGAUCCGUGGCUGCUUCAUAAGUCAUCAACAUGUCCGAUUGAUAACACACCUAUUCGCCCUGUAAAGACAAUCGAUAAAAAAUCAUCGACAAAUCGUCCACCAGGACAAAGAACUGAUGAAAUGUUGAUUGAAAAUUUGAGUGAAUUAAAAAUUUUUGCAAAACGUAUUGAAGGUAAACCGAAAAUUAAAGCGAAUCCUGCUCAUAAUAACUUAGCAAGUACUGGGGAUUCAUUUAAAAGAAAAAUUUAA